AUGGCCGUGUAUUUUGACCACCGCAUAGAGACAUCAGAGAACAACGGAUACCCAAAUCUCAUCGCGUGGCACUCCACACAGCCCGUGCUCGCUGUGGGCUCAGUUAACCCCGCCACCGGAGGCAGUGUAGACCUCUACCUGCAACAGGGGGAACAUGUUGAGCGGGGUCAUGUGGAGCGUGCGUGUAGCCCAGCCGUAUUGAGCUGGCACCCAACUAAACCUCUCCUGGCCAUGGGCUGGGAGAGCGGAGAGAUUCUCCUCCUCACACACCCAUCAGGAGAACACACAAAUCUCCCUCAAAACACACACACGGCCUCCAUAACACUACUGCACUGGAGUGACAGUGGCACAAGACUGCUCACUGGGGAUCUGGCAGGGGUUCUGGCCUUGUGGAAAGUGGAUGCAAGAGGAAGGCUGCAUGGGAAUUAUGUGGUGAAACAUGACUACGGCAAAGCACUAACACACUGCAUCUAUAGACCUGCACCACGGGGAGAGGAUGUUGCAAAACUGGCCCGUGCUGCAGUUAGCGGCGAUGAAAAUGCUCUGGACAUGUUUAACUGGAAGCAGAGUGGGAGAGGAAGUUCACUCAAACUGGGAACUCUGGAGAACCUUACCUUUUAUGUCAGCACAGCUGAUGGCUGUGUACACAGUGUGGAUGAGCGCGGACGAAGUGUGACUGUGCUCAGUGUGGAGGGCUCUGUGCAGAGGCUGUUUUAUUUGGAACACAGGGCUAUACUGGCUGUCGUCACAGACUCCCUCCUGCUCUCGCAGUUCAGCCUUGGACCAGAGGGGGGCGCUCAGGAGCUCAGCAAGGUGAAGUUGAGUGGGAGGGGGGAUCAGAGAGCUGACAUUGUGUGGAUGGAACACGGUCUACUGAUCACAGCAUCAGGCGAGCAGCUCAUCAGACUGUGGGAUCUGGAGCGGGCUGAUAACUGUGUGUUGUCUCUGGAUGAGAGUUUGGGCUUUGAGAAAGGAGAGCUUCUCAACUGUGUGUCCUACUCCUCUGCUAAGGAGGUUCUUGCAGCUGGGACAAACAGGGGGCGUGUUGCCUUGUGGCGGAUGGUGAUGGAGAACAGUGAGAGAGGAGAUGCCAAGAUACAGUGGAAACUACAGACACCCACAGAAGUCGAAGGAAAUAUCUCACAAAUACAGUGGGGCUCCAGCGCUCAGCUGCUGGCAGUUUGCAGUGGUAAUUCAGUGGUGAUUCUCUCUGAACAUGUCAUGUGUUCCCACUUCAGACAGCAGGUGGCAGCAGUGCAGCUAACGCCCAACCAGCUCAGUCUGAGCUACUUCAACACGGACACGCACAUUACCCUUCGCACAGACACACAUAUCAGAGCCGUGCAGGUCACCAAGGACACUGUAACAGUGUGGAAUGGAAAGUUUGUGACCGUGUAUGAGUCCUCAGGACAAGCUCUACGCAGCACAGGCUCGUUUCCAUGUGAGUCUCCUGCCCUGGCUGUGCAUGAUGACAACAUUUACACGGUCGAGCCCAAAAGAGUGCAAGUCCGAACACUGCAGGGUACAGUAAAGCAGCUGCUGGUGUUUUCUGAGACGGAGGGAAACCCAGUCCUGCUGAGUGUGUGUGGAUCUUAUCUUGCUGUUGGCACAGACCUGGCACACGUCCGAGUGUUUGACCUCACACGCAGGGAAGCAAAGCCAGUGUGUAAAGCUAAGAACCUGGCAGAGCUGAUUCCAGAUGUGGGAGCUCUGAACUCAGUCAAAUGCAACUCCAGCGGCUCCCAACUCAGUGUCCUCAUAACACUGGUAAAUGGCCGGCCAGACCACAGAGUAUAUUUCUAUGAUGUUGAGAUGGACACUCUCUCUCACUUUGACUUCUUCACUGACAGACCACCCAGAGAGAGAGGUCUGUCUUACACAGAGGACAACCAGAGGAGUUUUGGUGAGGAGGCGGGACUAGCUGGCCGUUGUCCUGUCAGUCAAUUUUGGGAUGAGAACGAGCCAUACCUUUUUGCAUGUGAGACAGUUCUUGUGAAUUCUGACCUCCAACACACCAGCCAAUCACAAGCCAAGGAACAGGACGAUGUCGUGGUGGUGACGUUACUCGUGACUCAGGAAUAUGGGCUUCUGCUACAGGACACACAGCCCAAACCAGCGAACACACACAGGCUUCUCUGUCUGGACACACCUUACUACUACUACACCUGUAAGGUCUUGUUUUGUCGGGGUGGGCUCUUUCUUCCAGCUCCUGGUGAAAGUGUUGGUGGGAGAGAUGAGGUAUCAUCCUCUUCUUCGAUGGUUGUUCGCCAAGCUCUGCGUGACUUUGUGGGGCUGGAGCAGUGUGAGAAACAGACCCGAGAUGCUAUGAUAAACUUCAGUUUCUACCUCACUGUCGGCAACAUGGACGAGGCUUUUAAAGCCAUCAAGCUCAUUAAAAGCGAGGCAGUGUGGGAGAGUAUGUGUAGGAUGUGUGUGAAGAGCCGGCGUCUGGACGUUGCCUGUGUGUGCUUGGCCAACAUGGGGAACGCACGUGUGGCCCGAGCGCUCAGACACACUCAGAGAGAAUCACAGCUGGAGAUUCAGGUCGCUGCUCUGGCCGUACAGUUGGGCAUGCUGGAGGAGGCGGAGCGUCUGUAUAAGGCCUGUGGAAGGUUUGAUUUGCUGAAUAAACUUUAUCAGGCCUGGGGCCAGUGGCAGAAGGCUGUGGACAUAGCGGAGACACACGACCGCAUUCACCUUCGCACCACGUACUACAAUUACGCUAAGCACCUGGAGGCCAACGGAGACAAAAACCUCGCACUCACCUAUUAUGAGAAAUCAGACACACAUCGUUUUGAGGUUCCCAGAAUGCUGAUGGAUGAUCUCGUUGCCCUGGAGAUUUAUGUCAACAAAAUGAAAGACAAAAACUUGUACAAGUGGUGGGCUCAGUACUUGGAGAGCCAAUCAGAAAUGGAGUCAGCGCUCUGUUACUAUGACAAGGCUCAGGAUUAUCUCUCUCUGGUGCGUGUGCACUGUUACCUGGGGAACAUCCAGAAGGCAGCAGAGAUAGCCAAUGAGACGGGAAAUCGAGCGGCAUCCUACCACCUGGCUCGACAGUACGAGGCCCAGGAUGAGAUCGACCAAUCAGUGCAUUUCUACACGCGAGCGCAGGCGUAUAACAACGCCAUUCGUCUGUGUAAGGAGAAUGGGCGGGACGAGCAGCUCCUGAACCUGGCUCUGCUCAGCAGCCCUGAGGACAUGAUGGAGGCUGCGUCUUAUUACGAAGACAAAGGCAAAUACAUGGACAGAGCAGUGAUGCUGUAUCACAAGGCUGGACAUGUCUCUAAGGCUCUUGAGUUAGCCUUUUCCACACAGCAGUUUGGGGCCUUGCAGCAGAUAGCAGAGGACCUGAAUGAGAGCAGUGACCCCGCCCUGUUAGAACGCUGCUCAGACUUCUUCAUCAAACACUCACAGUACCAAAAGGCUGUAGACCUGCUCGUGGCUGCCAGGAAGUAUCAUGAGGCACUGCAGCUGUGUGUGGAUCAGAGUUUGACUAUAACUGAAGAUCUGGCGGAGAGUAUGACGGUCUCACCGGACUCCGCCCACUUGUCAGAGGCGGGGCGUAAAGAGCUACUGGAGAGAAUCGCAGACUGCUGCAUGCGCCAGGGCAGCUAUCACCUAGCAACCAAGAAGUACACACAAGCUGGCAACAAGAUCAAGGCGAUGCGAGCCCUGCUAAAGUCAGGUGACACACAGAAGAUCAUUUUCUUCGCUGGAGUUUCCCGGCAGAAAGAAAUCUAUGUCAUGGCUGCCAAUUAUCUGCAGUCUCUGGACUGGCGCAAGGACCCAGAGAUCAUGAAGAACAUCAUAGCGUUCUACACGAGAGGGCGAGCUGUGGACCUGCUCGCCGGCUUCUAUGAGGCCUGUGCACAGGUGGAGAUCGAUGAUUACCAGGACUAUGAGAAAGCAGCGGGGGCUCUUACUGAUGCCUGUAAGUGCCUGUCAAAGGUGAAGAGUCGUAGUGGAGAUGAACCAGACGCUCGACUCGCAGAACUCACACGCAGGAUCUCACUCAUCAAGAGAUUUAUACACGCACGCAGGCUGUAUGUGGAGGACCCUACAGAGGCUGUGUGUAUGUGUGAGAGUUUGGUAGAGGAGCCAGAUCUGGACCCUGCAGUGAGGGUGGGAGAUGUUUAUGGAUUCCUGGUGGAACACCACUGCCAACAGAGAAACUACCAGAAGGCAUGGUCACGGCUGGAGGAACUCCAGUGUUUAUUGCCGUCUGUGAAUGUGAGUCUGUAUGUGAGCCAGUCCAGCCUGGAGGCCCUGCAGAGAGCCACAGGGAGACAGCUCCUACACUCUGACACACAGCACAGCGCAGGAGAGGAAGAGGAAGUGGAAGAGGAUGAAAACCUGAAUGACUGAGAGGGACAGACAGCUAUACAUAUAUACCUGAGAGAGACAGAAA